GUCAGUGUGUGGAGGGAGCAGUGAACGAAGACGAUGGCGUGUGGUCGCUUUCCGACGGCAGGGUUGCUGUUGUGGCUUCUGGUAGCACAAGUGCUGGCGUCUGCAGGCAGCGAUAUAUCCGAUUCCAUCUACCUGCAGGCUAGAGGCUUCCCGCCCGUGCAGUGCAGCCCGUGGACUGCCGGCGCCUCCGGAGGCGACGGGCCCGGGGUCGACUUCUGGAUGCGCGGCGUCGUCUCAAGACAACUUUACGGCUGCCGCCUGGACGCAGACGACGAACUCCGCCGACAGACUUUGGCGGCCAGUCGUAACGGCCGCCUGACAUUUCUGCCCGAGUGGAGCGUAUUGCUCAACAGGGGAGGUGGAAGGCAGUACCCGGAGUUGACCACCUCUCCGACGCCGUCGUUCGCCUGCGUCACCGACGGAGUGGGAGCCCCCAGCACGCUGCCGGCCGCUCUGUUCCCUCUUCGGGCCCGCCGGCGGACGGUGGGAAGGGUCGGCCAGUGGCACAAGUGCGUCCGCGUGUCCGCAGGCUACCACGCCAGCCCCUUCACCGCCGGCGCCCCUCUGGUCAGGGUCGCUUUCCGAGGAGGCGCGCCCACCAUCGUCUGCGGGAUGGGCGACGCUAGCCGCAGCGCAGUGCCCGCCGUGCAGUUGCGCGGUCUCCUGGGCGCGCCGUACUCUUGCUUCUUCGCCUCCUACCUGGACUUCCCGGCGCUCAAGGGUCCCCCAGUCGGCCUAGUCUUCCAGAGGCAGAUCCUCAACAAGUGGACGACCAAGGAGUCAGACACAGAUGCUGCCGCGUUCCUCCCUUCCCAGUGCUGGCCGGCCGAAGACAGCACCGACAGGUCUUUCGACUUCGACGUGGACUUCGACGGUAAACACGCCCAACGGUGCCGUUUUCAAGGAGACUGUCCACUGUGCGGUCAAGAUGUGUCAUCGACGCAGCCCUCUACAGUUUCCUUUACCGCUACAGAAGAGUCAGCCAGUCCUGACGAGACAACUGUCACAGUAGCCACGGUCGCCAGAAGAGCACAUUCUCGUCCAAAAAAAGUAAAGGCACCAGGUUCCAAGCCACUUCUGUUUGAACGCCGUCUCUGCACUUACCACUCCCUUGACGAAAACAAUAGCACUGUUGUGCACCAGAUAUCAUGUUUUGGAUAGCGCCUAUAAAGCUAUUCUACAAGCAAACUUUGAUAUGUGGGUCUCCCUCCCCCCUCCCCUCCACUCCCUACCCAGCCCAGCCCCACGCCAGCUCUGACGUUUCUUUUACCAUUCAUAACAGUGGCGAGCUAGUAACAGGGCGCGUGCUCGAUGCUUUCAGCGCAGAGAGAGUCGAGAAUUCCCUUGCGCCGUCGCCAACACACUCCGUCUUUGCUUCAAGCCACACGCUCCAAGCGUUGCCUGUCAUGGUAACUGACAAGCCUGGGGUAAACGCUACAUUGAGCCAGCUAUUGACUCUAUUUAAGAACAUUUAUAUGCUUCGAAAAUUAUCUCUGUUGUUUGUUCACGUUGAAACGUCCCCUUAGAAAAAUUAUAAAUGACUGUGCUUAAACUGACACACAAUAUUUUUGGCGCAACGCAAUCUGACUUUCAUAUAUCCCUACAAAAGAAUGGUCCUGACUAACAAUAACCUAUACCUUUCAUGAAUCACUCACCUCACAAAAAUCUUCGUUACUCAAACUACUGCAAUACAGCAAGCGCCAAUACUGCCAGUUAAAUAAAAGAUUGUAACUACUGAAGGCACUAACUACUGAUAGCCAUAGUUAGCAAAUGAAAGAUUUUGAUAGAGCACAAACAAUGUAUAUAUAUAUAUAUAUAUAUAUAUAUAUAUAUAUAUAUAUAUAUAUAUAUAUAUAUAUAUCAGUUCAUGACAUCCAGUCUUACAAAUUUACUCUCACGUCCAGAUCAUCCGCUCUCAAAACUCCGCCAUCUCUCUCCCCACAUCCACCAUUGCUGGCGGCUCACCUGCAACUGCGCAACACUACGCGCUGUUAACAUCCAACUGCCCACCACUACAAUAGCAAAUAUUCCAACAAUGCCAACCAGCCACAGACUGCACACACCACAGUCAGUGAUUUUCAUACAGAGCGCUAGGUAACGUUACCAACAUAAAAACCUAAACAGCGUACUUACAACGUUUACUUUUCAUGUUCGUUUUAAGUCGCCUAGAAUGAAAAAUACAGUAGCUAAGUAACUUCACCAUUCAAAAAUUAACAAAAAAAUUGACGCUAAAUAUCUCCGAACAGACAGUCGUGACAGAAUGACGUUACUGACUGGCGUGUCCCACGGAAGACUGCUCCUCGCUUAGGUGUAUCGCCGUACCAUAUGCCUUCGACAUGCAUAUAACUCUAAUUUUGGAUUCUCUUUAUUUGCACUUAAUAAACUCAGAAUUACAGAUC